AUGACUCCUCGUAGAAAGACUAAGGAGACUUAUCGUCAAUCAGAAGGAAAAGGGAAUAAGACGUCCUCGGUAGUUGUGCCGAAAAAGGGAGAUGUGCUUGACAGGGAAAGCGAAUGGGCGUAUCGUGACGGUGAUGAGGAAAAAAAUUUUCUUCGAAAUCGUGAAAAACGAAAGAACGUUCGUGAGAGAAACGAGAGUAACGACGAUACGCGAAAUCUUCAUUCGGGAAAGAAAUAUAAAAUGGAUUCCUACUUUGUAGGCUCUCCAAACACGAUCGAAUACCAAUUAUCGAAUGAGCACUUCGUGAAGCUUGGCUGGACCGUGUUGCCUAUUAGGAAAUUUAUGAGGAAAAUAUAUCUCUACGAAAGCAAGAUGGCGAAACCUCAUUUGGAUUGGUUCAAGAAAUACCGAUACGAAGAAAGAAGAUAUUACGAAGAUGGCGUCACGCCCUUCUUGAGCUUCCAUCCCGACGAAACGGGCAAGGUUUUCUAUCCGAAUGGCCGGACAGCCGUAAAACUUCACAAGCCGGAAAAUCGAGAAUAUGACAUGUAUACUGUAUUCACGCCAGGAGGCAAGGACAUUGUGGGUGUCGUGAGGAAGCCGCAAAUAAUCGCCGUUUUCGAUAGUCUCGGGAACGGUGUUAUCCUCGACGAAAAUGGCAUCACGAGACUUUCUUAUAAUCAGAUCGGGGGUAUUUGGAGGGAUAAUCCUGGAGGAUUGCCCUUUCUAUGGACUUGGAGUAGCAAUGUCGAGGAACCGAUCAUUGAAAACGUAUAUUCGAUAAGAUCGACGAGUGAUUUGGAAGAAUUAUUUCCGUCCUUGAAAAAAAAUCUUAAAAGUAACGAAAUCACGAAAACUUCGUUGCCCUCUACGAUGACCCCAAGAAACAGAGAAAAAGCGGAAGUCACAAAUGACGAGCAGAAACCCGUUGUUGUUGUUAAUGCUGUUGUCGAGGAACGCGAGAAGUAUCUCGAAUCCGAGUUCUUUAACGACAAGAGAAGAAUCUUUCACUCAAUGGAAAAAGACAACAAGACCAUAAAAAUAAUCUGUAUGAAAUUAAACAAAUAUUUGAGUUUUCGAAUUCUCGAUCGUAAAAAUAUCAAUCUGAAAUUUUUCGCCGGUACUAGAAGCAUAAGGAUAGAACUAGGAACGAUAUUAAAUUAUGAAAAAAAAUUGAAAUCCUAUCAUGAGGAUACUACAAAUUGGAAAAAAGCUGCUGUACAAAGAUGUAGAUUCCAUGAUUCUUGGGAAAAAAAUGUAAGAACCGAUAGUAGUCUUUACAAUUUGUCACGAGAAAUCCAAUACGUUAAAAGAUGCGCGAGACAACGUAAGAUUAUAUUGGAAAAAUACAAGACCUCAUUUAAAAUAUCUGAUAAUUGA